GUGCUGCGCGGGCGCGCGCGUGUUGUUGUUGUUGUUAUUAUUAUUGUAGUCGUCGUCGAAGCCGCCGCGCCGUUCCCCGUUGUACUCGUUGUAGUAGCCGACAGCCGUCGAACAGUACCAGCGGGUGUUCGAGGUCCGUUCGAUCGUGUUCGCGUCGAGUGAAUUCGACGGUCCGAUCAUCGCGUUCUUGCGAGAAAAUCCGUAUCGGUCAUUUCGAAAGAGUUGUAAUCAGUAUAUUAAUGAACGUUCUGUGCACCGCGUACCUCUAUACGUAACGAUAAUAAUAAAAAAAUAUAACGUUGUCCAUUGCCCUUCGUCCGAUGUAAUGCCACAAUGGGACUGACUGGACGGAGGAAAAAAAAUCAUAACAAUAACAAUAUUAUAUCGUACGCCGUCGACGAAAACGUUGCGCACGCGAGACCUUGACCUUGAGACUUCGGUUCAGUAGACCAGUGUCGCCGCCGUCCGGUGUGCGUGCGUAGAGGUGGUUGUGCCUCUACGUUCUUGUUUUGCUGCACGGCGCCCGGUGUACCAUCGAAAGAAGAUAAAAAGGAAUAACAUUUAAUUAAUCAUGGAGGUUAACGCUGAUUUUGUUGUACCUCAAGAACAGAUUAAUUUCAAACCAGUUUAUGAAAACGUUAAUGGGCAUUUCAAUGGAUCCCCUGCGCCACCUGUUGUGGCCCCAGUGCCAGUUGGUGUACCUGGAGCAAUGGGCGUUCUUCAACCUCAGGCUCCUGCAUUACAACCACAACUAGUUGAUGUACCAGUAUUCAAUUGUCCACGCCGACCAAAUCUGGGACGAGAAGGCAGACCAAUUGUGCUUCGUGCUAAUCAUUUUCAAAUAUCAAUGCCUCGUGGUUAUGUACAUCAUUAUGACAUCAAUAUUCAACCAGAUAAAUGUCCUCGAAAAGUCAAUCGUGAAAUUAUUGAAACUAUGGUUCAUGCGUACAGUAAACUUUUUGGUAAUCUUCGACCUGUAUUUGAUGGUCGCAACAACUUAUAUACAAGAGAUCCAUUGCCUAUUGGAAACGAUCGAAUGGAAUUAGAAGUUACAUUGCCCGGGGAAGGUAAAGAUAGAGUAUUCCGUGUUAAUAUUAAAUGGUUAGCUCAAGUAUCAUUAUUUGCUUUGGAAGAAGCAUUAGAAGGCCGCACAAGACAGAUACCAUAUGAUGCUAUUCUGGCUUUAGAUGUAGUCAUGCGACAUCUUCCAUCAAUGACUUACACUCCAGUGGGUCGCUCAUUUUUUUCUUCACCUGAAGGGUACUAUCAUCCAUUAGGUGGUGGUAGAGAAGUUUGGUUUGGUUUUCACCAGUCAGUCCGGCCAUCUCAAUGGAAAAUGAUGCUUAAUAUUGAUGUGUCAGCAACAGCUUUUUACAAAGCACAACCCGUUAUAGAAUUCAUGUGUGAAGUGUUGGAUAUUAGAGAUAUUGGUGAACAACGAAAACCAUUAACAGAUUCACAAAGAGUUAAAUUUACAAAAGAAAUUAAAGGUCUUAAAAUAGAGAUUACACAUUGUGGAGCAAUGCGAAGGAAGUAUAGAGUUUGUAAUGUUACAAGAAGACCAGCUCAAAUGCAAUCUUUUCCACUGCAAUUGGAAAAUGGUCAGACAGUAGAAUGCACAGUUGCUAAAUAUUUCUUAGACAAAUAUAAGAUGAAAUUACGUUAUCCACAUUUACCAUGUCUUCAAGUUGGACAGGAACAUAAACAUACAUAUCUUCCUUUGGAGGUCUGUAACAUAGUUGCGGGUCAGCGGUGUAUUAAAAAAUUAACCGACAUGCAAACGUCAACCAUGAUAAAGGCAACUGCAAGAAGUGCUCCUGAUCGUGAACGAGAGAUUAAUUCCUUAGUUCGUCGAGCUGAUUUUAAUAAUGAUUCAUAUGUACAAGAAUUUGGUCUUACCAUAUCAAACAGUAUGAUGGAAGUGCGUGGUCGUGUUUUACCACCACCAAAAUUACAAUACGGUGGACGAACUCUACCAAAUCAGGGAGGAUUAAAUGUCCAACAAACUAAACAACAAGCAUUACCAAAUCAAGGGGUUUGGGAUAUGAGAGGCAAACAGUUCUUUACAGGUGUCGAAAUUCGUAAUUGGGCAAUAGCUUGUUUUGCACCACAGAGAACUGUGCGUGAGGAUGCGUUAAGAAAUUUCACAACACAACUCCAAAAGAUAAGCAGUGAUGCUGGCAUGCCAAUAGUUGGUCAACCAUGUUUUUGUAAAUAUGCUACAGGACCUGACCAAGUUGAACCUAUGUUCCGCUAUUUAAAAUCAACAUUCACUGGAUUACAACUUGUAGUUGUUGUUUUACCAGGGAAAACUCCAGUAUAUGCUGAAGUCAAAAGAGUUGGAGACACUGUUCUAGGAAUGGCUACACAAUGUGUUCAAGCAAAAAAUGUUAAUAAAACUUCACCUCAAACAUUGUCCAAUUUAUGUUUAAAGAUCAAUGUGAAAUUGGGUGGUAUCAAUAGCAUUCUUGUACCUAGCAUCAGACCUAAAGUAUUCAAUGAACCAGUGAUAUUUUUGGGUGCAGAUGUAACUCACCCACCUGCAGGUGACAAUAAAAAACCAUCCAUUGCAGCAGUAGUAGGAUCUAUGGAUGCACAUCCCAGUCGUUAUGCUGCAACUGUACGUGUCCAACAACACAGACAAGAAAUUAUUCAAGAACUUAGUUCUAUGGUCAGGGAACUCUUAAUCAUGUUCUACAAGAGCACUGGAGGUUAUAAACCUCAUAGAAUUAUAUUAUAUCGUGAUGGAGUAUCGGAAGGACAGUUUCCUCAUGUCUUACAACAUGAACUUACAGCUAUUCGAGAGGCAUGUAUAAAGUUGGAAGGUGAUUACAAACCAGGAAUCACUUUUAUUAUUGUUCAAAAACGUCAUCAUACCAGAUUGUUCUGCGCUGAUAAAAAGGAACAAUCGGGAAAAUCUGGAAAUAUUCCAGCUGGUACAACCGUUGAUGUUGGAAUAACACAUCCUACAGAAUUUGAUUUUUACUUAUGUAGUCAUCAAGGAAUUCAGGGAACAAGUCGACCAAGUCAUUAUCAUGUUCUAUGGGAUGACAACCAUUUCGAGUCCGAUGAAUUGCAAUGCUUAACAUACCAAUUGUGUCACACUUAUGUCAGAUGUACACGUUCUGUAUCUAUACCUGCACCGGCCUAUUAUGCUCACUUAGUUGCAUUUAGGGCUAGAUAUCACUUAGUCGAAAAAGAACAUGACAGUGGUGAAGGAUCACAUCAAUCUGGCUGUAGUGAAGAUAGAACACCAGGCGCAAUGGCGCGAGCUAUCACAGUACAUGCCGAUACAAAGAAAGUUAUGUACUUUGCUUAAAAUACCAAAAUUGAAAAAAGAGAUUGCUGCGCAACAUAUAAAAUUAAUAUUAGGCAUAAAUUAUAAUACGACCUACCUUGCCAAUCAUUGCCUUUACAUGUAACUUUAGACCAAAAUAAUUAUUAUUUUUUUGACCACUGACAAUUAAUUUUAAGUAUUCAUUGUCUUAUUAUUAUUAUUUUUUUUUUUUUACGUUUUGAAUUCCCAUCUAUAUUUUAGACAUUUUCCAAAGUUCAAUUUUGUUGUUGCUAGUAUUUGUUUUGUUACCUAUUUUUCUUUCUUUUUAUUUCUAAUCAAAAUUAGACGUCACUUGAAUGCUUCCAGUAUCUUUAUUAUGCGAAAAUUCUAGUCUAACCGGUGUAUCGAAGGAAAUGUUUUUGAAUAGCAACAGCAGUAAUGAAAAAUGCAUUCCUCUUUUAAAAUAUAUAAUUAUUGUAUAAUAAAUUUAUCAUAUUAUUGUUAAGUGUGUAUUAUAGUCAUAAUUAGUAAUUGUUUGUAUUCCAAUCUUCCUGCCAACUUAAUCUCUACUUAUCUGAUUUUAUUUCUUCGAUUCUCGAGCUUAAAUAAUUUUAAUUGUGAUUAACUUUAAUUGUAUUUAGUUUUUCCGGUUGGUUAACUCCCAUUUCUUGUUGACGUAGACUUUUGUUAAAUGUGGUCCUCAAUUAAACUGGAAAUGUGGUACCAGUCAUUGCUUAAUAUCUCAAUAGUCUUAAUUUAUACACUUCAAUGAGUUUUGUUGUUGGCUGUUGUUUAAUUACCUCUAACAAUUUUGCAAAAUACUUCUAUUGUGAUUAAUGAUUAAAAUUAUAUUUUAUUUUUUUAUUAUACAUAUUGGUAUUAUACCUGAAGUAUAUAAUUUUGUCUUAUUAAAAUACAAAAACUUUUUCUUUUGGGGUUAAGUUGUAACAAACACUAAUUGUACCUGAUACUUAAGAAUAUUAUAUAUCUUAAUGUUAGCAGAUAAGAUUUCAAUUCAAAAUGUUUUUAGGUUAACUUGAUCAAAUUUUAAGGGGACAAAAUUUAUUUCCCUCAAAAUUAUUUUUUAAUAUUUAUUACUUAGGUAAAUAAACCAAAUUUAUACACUUAAUAUUUAAUACCUUAAACUGUAAUAUAUAUAUUAUUUUUUUUGAUUACCAUAGUAUUAUAUUAAUCAAACAAUGCAUAUUUUUCUUAAAUGUGCAUUUGAUUGGUACCACAAUAAUGCUAACCCUCCGAUUAUACAAUUUGAGUAUUAAAUCAAUUAAAUUUAAAAAUAUUUAUAUAUAUACAUUUACCUAAUAAGAAUAAUAAUAAUAAUAAUGAUAAUGAUAAUGAUAAUGAUAAUAAUAUAAUAAUAAUAAUAAUAAUUAUUAUUACUGUUUUAUACAAUAUAUUAUAUAAAUUUAAUCUUAGUUAGAAAUUUAAAUUUGGUUAAUAUUUAGUUGUCCGGUAUUAAAAAAGUGUAUAGGUAUACUCUUAUUUUAAGUAUACUUUUUAUGCCUUUUAAACUGCUGGUGUAAGUAUAUUUAAUAUUAAUAGGAAAAAUAAAAUGGGAUAACGUUUAUCAUACCCAUUUAUUAUACAUUACGCUUAUAUUCUGUUAGUUUUUUUUUUUUUUUUCAAUAAAAUGAUGGAUCUAUAACUUUUUUGCAAAUCAUAAUUAUACGAGGUAUUUGUAUUAUAAAUUAUAAUAAUAUAUAUUUUAACAUUGUAGUGUAAAUUUUGUUUUAAGUAAUUUGAUUUAAAAAAAAUAUUGUUCUUAAGAUUAUAAUAUAUGCAUCAAAAACAUACAAUUUACUUUGCCCUUAAUUAAUAUCUGUGUAUCUAUCUGAUAAUUCUUCAUUUACAAUGUGGUUUAAAGGAUUCAAUAAUAUGCAUAAUUUUAAAAUUAUUCUGUAUGAAAAUAGGUAUUAUAAAUGGUAAUAAUUGUAUAUACACAUAUAUUAUAUAUGUAUAUAAAUAUAAUAAUAAACAUGAUAUUUAUUACCUUUUGGUGUGCAAUUGGCAGAUAUAUAAUAUAUUCAAACUUUGUACAAGUUUUAUUCAAUCUUCUAAACAUUUUGGUAAAGCAUUGUGUAACACCCAAAUGUAUCUUAAAAUAAAUGUUCACUUUUCUAAUUUUAAUCUUAUUUUUAAAUUGAUAAUAUUACAGAUGGAAAAUAUUGGGUUGGUUCAUUUAAUCUUAUUUUUUUGUUAUAUGAUUUGAGUAUGAGUUACCAAAUGUUAAUCCGUACCAAAUUAAUCUAUGAAGAAAAACGGUGUUUAUGAAAUAUUGAAUCAAAUAAGAAUAUUAAAAGUUCUACUGAAAAAAUAGAUAAGUAAUUACUAAUUUCUAAAAAUACCGUCUUGUAACUUGUAGUAUAAUAAUAUUAUUUUCCAGAAUAAUAAACAAAAUAUAAUUUAAAUAUUUCAUGUUUUUCUGGUUUUCUCAAUUUUAGGAGUCACGUGCUUUACAUUUUUGUGCAUUACAAGAGUUGGAUGUUUCUAAAAAAAAAAAGUGCAGGAAGAACGUUUUGAGGUACUUUAAAACAUAGGAAAGUAAUUAUUAGGUGGGCUAGUGGGUGUUGCUCUGCUGUACAGUAGGAUACAAGUGGGUCACUGUAAUGGAUGGUGUUACUACUGUUACAUUUGAAUUCAAUGAUAUAACAUAAAGACGAUUCUGAGCGAAUACGAAUAAAUUACCAUACAUGGUUAAAAAUCAAGAAAGUAAUUAGUAAUAAAAGAAUUGGAAACUGAAAAUGUCCGUAAACAGCUCAAAAUAAGUCAAAAUAUUUUGAAAAUGUUAUAUGGUGUAUAGUAUAUAAAAUGCUAAUAGAAACAUUCAGUCAAAAUUUCAUAUAUCUACUGUAAUUUGUUUUAGAGAUACCAUACCACAGUCCACACUCCACAGGGCACACUGCACAGAUAUACAAGUUACUCAACGGAUCAUUAUUUAUUUAUUUAUUUUUGAUGCCCAUUGCCCUGUGUUAUCCUCGAUUACGGCCUGCGAGAAGCGCAGCUAGCGCCCAAGCGGAAAUUAAUGCAGUUAAGCAAUGUAUAUUUUCCAUAGAUAAUUUAAUCUUAUAUUAUCUAUGAUAUUUUCAUGAUGGAUAUAUUUUUAUCAUAGAGUAAAAAUUAAUCAUGACAAAUUUGUUAACAACAGUACUAUUUAUUGAUGACAAUCGUUGACAAUAGCAGACUGUGAUCCGUACAAUCAGCUAUUAUUCUGGUAUUUUCAUUGAUGUCAAAAAGUUUUCAAAAAUUAAUCUGUUAAAUUAAAAAAAUUGCAUGUAUAAUUAAAAUGCAGGAAAUUGAAGAUGAAGUACAAAACAAAAGAACUCAUGCCAUAACGGAUAACAGAUAUGUGUUUGAUUUUGAACAAGUCAAUUGGAACAACAGACAAACACACCAUAAAAGUAGUAUGACACAAAAUGCGUUAAACCAAAUUGAGAAUGAACGAGAAAAUAUAGAAAAAGAUUUAAAGUUAUUACAAGCUAUUCAAAAUGAGAGAUCAAGGCUGCAAAAUUUAAUGAUUUCAUUUUUAGAGAUGAGAAAUGAACUGGAAGAAAAACUUGAGGGUUCAUCAAGUCUUUAAAAAAUUGUCCAUUUGACUUAUAAUAUAUAAUCUAAUAAAUUGUGAAUGUGAAA